CGGUCACUUCCUUCACUUCUUCGCUCCUCAACACCUCCCUGUGAUUCCUAAGAAGGUGGUGUUCGUCAUCGACACUAGCGCCUCCAUGCUGGGAAAGAAGAUCAGACAGAUUAAGGAAGCUCUCCUCACAAUCCUGGAGGAUCUGCAUCCAGAAGAUCACUUCAACUUCAUCAGCUUCUCCACCAAAGUCAGAGUCUGGAGACCAGACGUUCUGGUUCCGGUCACACCACUGACUGUGAGGGACGCAAAGAAGUUCAUCUACAGCCUCAUGCCAACAGGAGCCACCAACACUGAUGGAGCCAUCCAGGCCGGAUCUUCUCUACUACUUCAAGACCUGGACAGUCCUGGUGCCAGUCCUGGUGCCAGUCCAGGUGCCAGUCCUGGUGCCAGUCCUGGUGCCAGUCCUACCAGCGAGUCCUUCAUCCUUUUCCUGACAGACGGACGACCCACAGUCGGAGAACAGCGCACGGCGGUGAUCCUGGGAAAAACUCGCUUAGCAGCCCGAGGGAAGUUCUGCAUCUUUACUGUUGGGAUCGGACAUGAGGUGGACUAUCGGCUCCUGGAUCGGAUGGCUCUGCAAAACUGUGGAAUGAUGAGACGCAUCAAUGAGCAGGACGACGCUAGCGCUUUGCUAAAAGGAUUCUACGAUGAGAUCGGGAGCCCUCUGCUGUCCAAUGUCAGAAUCAGCUACAGCUCAGACCUGGUCCACUUCACCUCCCAGAACCUCUUCACCACCUACUUCAAUGGCUCUGAAUUGGCAGUAGCUGGGAAACUGUCCAAUCAGAGUGCAGAGGCAUUACACAUUAGGGUGACUGCCACCAACAAGGACAAGAACUUGGUCCUGGAGACCAAUGUGCCGCUGCGGCGCAGAACGACGGAGACGGAAAAGCAGGUUGGAGCUGCCACGGGGUUGUUGAACCUGGGAUCUGAGGUCCCACAGGAACAAGGGGGCGCUGUAGCUUUACUGGCUCAGGACUUUGUAGAACGUGCAUGGGGUCUUCUAAGCGUGAAGGACGGGCUGCGUUCUCGUCUGAGAAGCCAAACCAGCAGAGAUCGAGAAGAACACCUCCAGAAGGUGACCGACCUGUCACUGAUCUACCGGUUCACAACCCCCCUGACCAACCUGGUUCUAGAGAACCCUGAGGUCCCGGAUGAUGCAACCUCGGCGCCAGGACCCAUCACUCCCAUCAGUCCCUCAGGGUUUGACGAGUCAGAAGAUCCAGAAAUUGAAAAGCCAGAGAGAAAAGAUCUCAGCAGCAACAGUUCCUCUGUGAGGCCUGACCUGGGUGCGACCAAAAAACAACCAAAGAAAAUCACCAGCUUCUCAAGAACAUCAGCCGACGGCGACCCUCACUUCGUGGUGGACUUUCCUCUCAGCAAACUGAGUGUGUGUUUCAACAUCAACGGUGAAGCAGGACACGUUCUCCGUCUGCUGUCCGACAACGGCCACUCCGGUGUGACAGUGAAUGGGCAGCUGAUUGGAGCUCCGCCCCCACCCGACAGCCACAAACUACACAGAACCUACUUUGGCUCCAUUACUAUAGUUCUGGACCGGCCCAGGCGGACCUACAUCCAGGUGACACCGGAGAAGGUCAUUCUGGACGGUCCAGACCGCCUCAUUCUGCCGUGUGACUCCAGCGCUGAGGUGACCACGGGGGCGCUCUCUCUGUCCAUCGUAGAAAAGACCAAGGUGACUGUGACGCUGGGGGGGGGCAUUGGCUUCGUGGUUCUGUUACAUCGGUACAGGAAUCCAGAACCGUACCAGAAGAACCACCUGGGUUUUUACAUCAGCAACAGUCAGGGCCUGUCAGAGCACAGCCACGGCCUGCUGGGUCAGUUUCUUCACCAGGAGGUGGGCGUGGUCAAACGCCCUGGUCAGGGUGAGGUCCUGAAAGUCAAAGGUCGUCCUGUGCCUGUGGUCCAGAAAAGUCGGAGAAUCUACGGCGGCGUAGAGAAAGUGGACUGUUGGUUCGUUAAGAACAACGGCCACAAACUGAUCGAGGGCCGAUACCAGGACUACGUCAUGACGCACAUGUUCGACAGCCGAGAGUGGAAGCAGGAAGUCCAAUAUCUGACGGCAACCACGCCACCUACAGGCAGUGACUCCAGCUAAACCGUUCCAGAGUUUUUCAUUUUCCCGUUUUAUCUUUUUAAUAAAAUGUUAGUUUAACAACAUUUUUUCAACAUUUUAUUUUGUCAACAGGUUAAAGGUUUGCUGACCACCCCCCAUCUUUAAAUUAGCCCCUCCCCCUCCAACAAAGGUGCAGAAAUUCUGUCUGUUUUAAUUUUUUUUUAUUUGAACAAAGAAUAGUUUAAAAAACAGCAAUUUCUAAAAAAGUCAAAAAACAAAUAAAUUAAAAUAAUUAUGGAGUAAGGUCAUAGUGUAUUUAGUGUAACCUAAAUAUGGGAAUAUUUGGAAUAAAUGUAAAUCCUUUAACCACCAUAAAA